AUGCCCAGUUAUGCAAAAUUCUUGAAGGAGAUUCUGUCUAACAAAAGGAAGAUGAAAGAACAUGAGACUGUCUGUCUAAACGAGGAGUGCAGUGCAAUUCUAUUGAAAAAGCUACCUCCUAAACUAAAUGACCCAGGGAGUUUUACGAUACCUUGCACUAUUGGUUCUAACUAUUUUGAGCAUUCGUUAUGUGAUUUAGGUGCCAGUGUUAAUUUGAUGCCCCUCUCUGUUUACAAGUCUCUUGGAUUAGGAGAAGCAAAACCUACAACCAUCUCUUUGCAAUUGGCCGACAGAUCGAUCAAACGACCGAAGGGGAUUAUUGAAGAUAUGAUUCUUCGGGUGGACAAUGAGCAAGUCAUAUUCAACAUGUUUAAGGCGAUGAAACAUCCACUGACUUCAGACACCUGCUGCCAAGUAGACGUUCUUGGAAAAAAAAUUACACAAUCUGGAGCAGCAAGUGCAGAAAAAACUGAAUGUAUUGUCAAUUUAGCGAAGCAACCAAUAGGAAGAAGACAUUGGCAGUAUGAAUGUCUUGGUGACAAUCCUUCACCCCAAGUACCUUCAGUAGAAAAGGUACCCACUCUUGAACUAAAGCCCUUGCCUUCACAUCUCCGUUAUGCAUAUUUAGGAGAAUCUACAACACUUCCAGUAAUCAUUACAAAUGAUAUGACAAUGGAAGAGGAGAAUAAAUUGUUGGAGGUACUCAAGCAGCACAAAACGGCAAUUGGAUGGACAAUAGCUGACAUUAGAGGAAUAAGUCCAACACUUUGUAUGCAUAAGAUUUUAAUGGAUGAUGGAUCAAAGCCAUCAGUGGAAGCACAACGUAGAUUAAAUCCAACCUUGAAAGAAGUAGUGCGAAAAGAAGUGUUGAAAUUGUUGGAUACAGUUAUUAUCUAUCCAAUCUCUGAUAGUUCAUGGGUGAGCCCAGUUCAUGUUGUGCCAAAAAAGGGUGGAAUCACAAUGGAGAAGAUCGAGAACAACGAGCUGAUACCAACACUGUUAGUAACAGGGUGGAGAGUAUGUAUGGAUUACAGAAAGCUAAACAACGCAACCAGAAAGGAUCAUUUUCCAUUGCCAUUCAUUGAUCAAAUGUUAGAGAGGUUGGCCGGUCAUUCUCAUUACUGCUUUCUGGAUAGAUAUUCUGGGUGCAAUCAAAUAGUUAUUGCUCCAGAAGACUAG